UCUCUCAAUAAGAUGUCCACAGGGCCGCCGUUUUUCCUCAGCGACGAGACGCGCUCGCCUUCGCCGCCAUCUCCUCCUUCGCUGGCCAACCUGAGCCCGAGCAUCAUCAUCACGCUCAUGGUCCUCUCCGUCACCAUCAUCGUCACCACCUGCGUCUGCCUCCUCUUCCGUCACCUUCAUCGCCUCCCCCUCCCUCCCUGCCUCCUCCACCGCCACCGCCACCCCUCCCCCUCCGCUCCUCCUCUCCCCACCUCCGCUCCUCCUCCUCCUCCUCUUCAUCCGGACACCGCCCAUAGCGACUCCUUCAUCGACUCGCUCCCUCUCUUCUCAUUCUCCUCGGUGACGCGCCGCUCCUCCGGGGCCGCCGACGGCGACUGCGCUGUCUGCCUCUGCAAGUUCAAGCAGCACGACCUGCUCCGGUUGCUUCCCCUGUGCUGCCACGCCUUCCACGCUGAGUGCAUCGACACGUGGCUCCAGGCGAACCGCACGUGCCCCCUCUGCCGAUCCAACGUCCACGCCUGCGAGGCCGACCUCGAGGCCCUGCUCCAAGCGUCGGCGAGGAUCAACGCCGGCGAUGGCGGAGGAUCAGGGAGCUUCAGGCUCGAGAUCGGCUCCGUGAGCCGUGGCCGAUCCUCCGUCGACGGCGGCGGAGUCGAGUCGCGGCGGUCCUACUCCAUCGGCUCCUUCGACUACGUCGUGGAAGCGGACUCAGAGGUCGCGGUCGCCGGCGAUCGGCGGCACCGGAGGAGCGUCUCGGACAAGGAGGACGGCGCGGCCCAGCCGGCCUUCGGUGUGGACGCGAGCCUCGCCGCGGACGUCGCCGCAGGGAGGAGCUGGCUCGGAGAGUACAUGGAUCGGCUCUCGGCGACGCUCUCUUCGCGGACCGCAUCCUUCCGGAGCUCGAGGAGGUUCUUCACGGGCAGCAGCCGCCGGAGCGAGGUCUCGGGCGUCGGCGAGUGGGACCUGGAGGCGAGCCGUGUGGGCGAAGAAAUCAGCGAGCUCUUCCGAUGGGUCUCAGGAGUAUAAUCGGUAAGACGGGAUUAACACACGCAGACAAAUCGCACUUGCUACGUCCCACUCACUUUGGCUGACGUCACUCCCACCUCACUCGGAGCUCAUGUAGCGAAACCGGGAGCGGCGAUAGCAGAAAGAGAGCCAGAGGGGCUCGUGAAUCACGAGCUCCGCCCCUAUCGCCGGGGGACCAAUUAAUUCUUUUUUUAAAUAUUUUUUCUUGUCAAUAUGACUCUCCUUUUUUUUCCCUCUAUAAAAAAAUUUCCUACGAAGGGCCGAGAUCCA